AUCUACGUCAAAUAUAACUUUACUAUUGUAGGUAUACUUACUCUUUACAUCGUCAAUUAACCGACAUGUCAAACCCAUGUAUCGAAAAUAUUUUAAGUUGAAAUUCUUCGGCGGAAUUUCCACUGCGUAAAUACCAACUUCUUGGUCAAACAGCUAGAUAACGUGAGAAUUUCCAAAUAAUAUAUACUCGCAAACAAGGAACUUUGUGAUCAGUUCCCAUAGGAAUUCCUGGCCAAAAUAGACUGAGUGAAUAAUCUUCGAAUAGAUAGCCAGUUGACUAUUGAAGCAAUGUUCGUUUGGCAAGCAUUCACUUAUAUCUUUGUCUUCCUUCAUGCCACGAUCUUCUGCCAGAUAGAGAUAGAGCAGAUUUUUGUCAAUUAUGGUCCCAAUACAAACUCACAAGACAGAGCCGAAAUAGAAAACGAGGCAUGUACGUGCAUCUCGACCGAUAUGUGUGACCAAUCCAUGGUCAACAUUUAUGGAGAAAACUUGAUAGAUUAUAAAAUGGGCGAACCUGAUGACAGCCAUUGCUUCAAAGGAGAAGUCUGCUGCACCCCCUCCCACACCCUCAAGCAACCCACCACGUCCACGGUCACCUUCAACGAACAGAUGGGCUGCGGCUAUCGCUACCCCAACGGCUUGGGCGUCCCAGUCGCCCCCAUAGCCGAAUCUCCUACAACUGCUACCAGAGCGCAGUUCGCAGAAUUCCCGUGGAUGGUCGCCAUCAUGAGAACGAACCAGUCGUCAGACGUAUCGUCCUACGACGAGGAUUACGACCCAGACGACACGGACCUCCUCUACCAGUGUGGCGGAUCGCUUAUACACCCCCAAGUGGUGCUGACGGCCGCUCAUUGCCUCAGGAAUCGGCGGGCCAAAUACACGGCCAGAGCUGGUGAAUGGGACACCAUGGACGACAACAAGUUGUACCCGCAUCAAGACAGAGAAGUCCAAUUUACGGCUAUACACCAUAACUUCCACGCCGGAACAGCUCACAAUGACAUAGCGCUCCUGGUGCUGGAGACACCCUUCGAGAUGGAGAAAAACCUCGCGAUGGUCUGUCUGCCGGAUCAAGACCAUGUUACGGAAGCGGAAGAUUGCAUCGCCACCGGCUGGGGCAGAGAUUUCUACGGCUUAGAAAGCGAACAGCAGCACAUCUUGAAGAGGAUCGAGCUGCCGAUGGUUGACAGAGUUACGUGCCAGGACGAUUUGCGCCAGACUCGACUGGGACCGUAUUUCCGACUGCACGAGAACUUCAUAUGUGCCGGUGGCCAGAAAGACGUAGACACUUGCGUUGGGGAUGGAGGUGGACCGCUCGUUUGUCCCUUCAGUGAGACCAACGGGAGGUAUUUUCAGGCUGGUAUAGUAUCCUGGGGCAUUGGGUGCGGCAAAGAGAAUGUGCCGGGGGUAUACACCAGCGUGGCCAAAUUCAGGAACUGGAUCGAUGAGAAAAUGGAGUCCUUCAACUUGACAUCAUCAGUGUAUCAAGCAGAAUUAUAAAUUGUAUAAUAUUGCUGUUUUACAUAAAAUUAUAACUUUGACUUGAA